AUGAUGAAUACUGGAGGAGAGUAUCCAGUUUACAUCCCAAUUGAUCUCAUUCCCGAGAUACUAUCGAGACUGCCAGCAAAGUCAGUAGGGAGGUUUCGUUGCGUGUCGAAGCAGUGGGAAUCCAUACUUAGCCGUCAAGACUUCACCGAGUUGUUCUUCACCAGGUCGUCGGCUCGUCCACGUCUCUUAUUAAUCCUCCAACGAUCCAACGGUGACCUGCUCUUCUUCUCGGCGCCUCAGCCUCAGAAUCCAUAUGAAACGUCUCUUGUUGUCACUGCCGAUUAUCAUAUGAAGCUCCGUGGAAAGAUAUUGAGUCGCUACGAGAUAUGUAGCUAUGCCUCUGGUUUGAUAUAUGUAAAUGAAUUUGUGAUCUCAGAGGAUCCAGCUGUGUGUGUGAAUAGGUUUCCCAUGGGUGUGAUAUGUAACCUUAUCAAGGGCCAGUUUGUUACCUUGCCUUAUCUAUGCAGCUACAGACACUCGACAAGCUUUUUUGGGUUUGAUCCGAUUGACAAUCAAUUCAAGGUAGUGGGCGAAGCUUAUCCAUCUUUUGGAGAUCAAAGAGACAAACAUAAAAUUCUGACAUUAAAAACCGGAAAACUGAGGUGGAGGGGAAAUAACCAUUGUCCCACAUACUAUAAAUUUACGUGUGAUGGGAUAUGCAUCAAUGGGGUGUUGUACUACUUGGCUGACGCAGACGGUAGUGAAUUUUCUAAUUUGAUAGUUUGCUUUGAUAUUAAGUCUGAGGAAUUUAAGCUUAUUGAGGUGGAAUGUUUUAAAGAACAGAGUGCUACUAGAUUGAUCAACUACAAGGGCAAAUUAGGUGGGAUUGAUAUUUCGUAUGAUGAACUUAUGCCAUUGUGUUGA